AGUCCAAUACAAAGAUUUCAGUUCAACUAGGCUCAGUCCGACGGAUGUAAACACUUUGCGGCAACGAUAUUAAAAUUUUAUUGUAACAAAUUCACUUAAAAAUAUACACGAUGUUUUCUAUUGACGCUCCGGUAGAAAUUCAAAAUUCAGAAUUUUGUAAUUAUCGUUCACCACUUAGUACUCGUUAUGCUUCAAAAGAAAUGCAAUAUAAUUUUAGUGAUCAAAAGAAGUUUUCGACAUGGAGAAAACUAUGGAUUUAUUUGGCAAAGGCGGAAAAGGAGCUCGGUCUUGACAUCACCGACGAGCAAAUCGCCGAGCUGGAGUCAGCAGUUCACAACAUCGAUUUCGCGUCUGCCGCCCAGCACGAGAAGCAAGUGCGUCAUGACGUGAUGGCACACGUCCACACGCUAGCUGAGCGCUGCCCAAAGGCCGCUCCUAUCAUACACCUGGGCGCGACCUCGUGUUAUGUUGGCGAUAACACUGAUUUGAUUGUAUUGCGACACGGCCUGGACCUGCUGCUGCCGAGGUUGGCUGCUGUGAUCAGCCGGUUGGCGCAGUUUGCUGAUGAUUACAAGUCUCAACCUAUUCUUGGGUUUACGCAUCUGCAGCCAGCACAAUUGACCACGGUGGGCAAGCGAGCAUCCCUCUGGCUGAGUGACCUGCUGAUGGACGAGCGCGCUCUCUCUCGCGCGAGAGAUGACCUCAGAUUCAGAGGUGUUAAAGGCACCACGGGAACCCAAGCCUCUUUCCUCCAGCUUUUUAAAGGAGACAGCGCAAAAGUCCGCGCUCUUGAUAAAAGAGUCGCUGAGCUUGCCGGUUUUGACAAGAGAUAUAUUGUCACUGGACAAACUUACUCCAGAAAAGUUGAUUUGGAAAUUAUUUCUGCUCUUUCGGGACUUGGAGCUACAGUGCACAAAAUGUGUUCUGAUAUUCGUAUUUUGGCGUCUCGCAAGGAGUUGGAGGAGCCGUUUGAAGUCUCACAGAUCGGAUCUAGCGCUAUGCCCUACAAACGCAAUCCAAUGAGGUCGGAGCGUUGCUGCGCUUUGGCGCGUCACCUCAUAACCUUGCACGCUAAUGCUGCUAAUACUCAUGCGGUUCAGUGGUUAGAGCGUACCCUGGACGAUUCGGCAAACCGUCGCAUUACUCUUGCCGAAGCUUUCCUAACUGCCGAUGCUACUCUUUUGACACUCCUCAACGUUACUCAAGGUUUGGUGGUAUAUCCCAAAGUAAUUGCACGCCAUAUCGCCCAAGAGCUGCCGUUCAUGGCAACGGAGAACAUCAUUAUGGCUAUGGUACAGGCUGGAGGCGAUCGUCAAGUUUGCCACGAGAAGAUAAGAGUCUUGUCCCAUCAGGCCGGAGCUGUGGUUAAACAAGAAGGCAAGGACAAUGACUUGAUCGAGCGUGUCAAGAACGACAGCUAUUUCAAGCCCAUAAUACCGCAAUUGGAUAGAAUCUUGGACGCUUCUACGUUUAUCGGCAGAGCUCCAGAACAAGUUACUGAGUUUAUAGAGGAAGAAGUCGAUCCUAUAGUCUCUAAGUACAAGGACUUUUUGGCCGACGUUACGAAGCCGGUGGCUUUAAACAUUUAAUUUUGCUGUCAUUGUUAACUCAACCGUGUAAUUAAAUAAUAAGUCAUCUUUAUGAAUAAAAUGAUAUAUUUACA